UUGAUUAUAUUGGAACCAACUGCCCAAUUUCCAUCCAUUAUACGCGUAGCGUAUAUACAUGGAAAUAUAGAAGCAGCCAUGUUGGUGGGGAGCAGUUACUUGACGACGAUACCGUAUCCUCAAUCCUAUAUUAAUAUACUGCAGACUUUGGGGUUCAUACUCUCCCUAUUCUCCAUCAACGGGUAGUCAAGAAACCCUAGUCAAUCAAUCAGAAGAAGUCAUUUUUCGAUAAUUAUUUUAUUUGAAGUCGAUUUUCGGUCGAUGAGAGUUAGAAAUGUCGAAGAUGAAACAUUUGCUACGGAAGUUUCACAUUCGCGAUCAUCACGGGCCGCCAGCACUCGAUUCAUCCUUUCAGACGACGUCGUUUCAACCAUCACCUGCGUCGAAUUCGUCAUCAUCACCAACUGAUUUGCCUCAGACGACGUCGGAUUUGGAAAACGAAAAUUUUAAUAGCUUUAAUUUCUUUGAGGAGGAGUUCCAGGUGGAGUUGGCCUUGGCUAUCAGCGUUUCGGAUCAGGGUCGAAAUGAUAGUAACCAGGAAACCGCACAAAUUAACGCCGCCAAUCAAAUUAGCCUCGGGUGCUCGCCCUCGCAAAGCCUCUCAGAAUUUUUGUCUCUCCGCUAUUGGAGCUGUAGUGUUGUAAAUUAUGAUGAGACAGUAAUCGAUGGGUUCUAUGAUGUUUCUGGAAAUAAUUCAAGUUUGGUGGUCCAAGAACAAAUGCCAUCACUGCUUGAUCUUGAAGUAAAGUCUAUUUCGGAUAAUGUUGGUUAUGAGGUUGUUUUGGUCAACCGUGUAGUUGAUAUGGAACUAAAGCAGCUUGAGGAUAAAGUUCACUUCAUGGCUAUGGAAUGCCAGGAUUCUGUUGCUGGCCCAAAAAUAAGUUUUCUUGUUCAAAAGAUUGCAAACCUUGUUGUUGACAGAAUGGGGGGUCCUGUUAGUGAUGCAGAAGAUAUGUCUGGGAGGUGGAAAGCAAGAAGUUAUGAGUUGCAGAUUGUUCUGAAUACCAUCAUCCUUCCACUUGGCUGUCUUGAUGUUGGACAUUCGCGUCAUAGGGCCUUGCUCUUUAAGGUUGUAAGAGCUUCCCUUUCUCCUUGUACUCGUACCAUUUUCUGGUCAUGACUAAAACGUAUUCUCUUUACUUGUUCAA